AUGGGUUUGUCGCUGCCGCAGCAGGUACCCUCUCUCUCUGGGUCGAGUGGACGGCGCAUGAACCCCAACACCGUCGACAUCUUCCUUCCGUCAAGAACUACACCCCGGGCUCCAGUAAUCCUGGGCAGCCCGACAUCUCUCCCCUCUAUACGUUUGGAUAAGGGGAUCAAUUGGAGAUUGAACAUGUCUUGCAACGAUGGUUCAGGAUUUGGUCGAUCUAUGUACAUGGGAGAGGUUGAGGCGGUCUUUGUGAAGCGAUGUACUUUUUGUCUGCUGCAGCAACGUCGCCGGUGCGAGCUGAUGAUAACAGAUUUCCGCGAGGAGUGUGCCAUCGUAACCGAUAGGAGUAGCGCUAGUCACUGUUCUGCUAGGAGGAGCGCCGUCACCAUUGGCAGCAGCCAUCCUCACAUUCGAUUGCAGGUCAAGUACAAGGGAGAAACGGGACCUUGAAGUACCGGCAAGGUGAAUCUUCAGCUGAUGUGGAUAGCAAGAUUUGUACAUUUCAUCGUGUUCAUCUGCCUACAACGUCUUGCUUUCACUAGACUAAUGCAUGUCAUCCCCUGUUUAAUUCUUUUGAAGCGAAAGUACCAUUUUUUGUUUGUACCUAGGUCUAUUUAAUUA